CAUCAGUUGGUGGUGCGGCUGGACAAAAAUAACGACAUUACCCACUAGGCUUUGGGUGUGUGACGCUCUUGAAUUAUAGGCUAAUUUCUCAGCUAUUUAUCCCGUUAUUCUCAAAACUCUAUGAUGGCUGUAGUAUCUGCGACCUCUAACGGCGCAGAUGAAAACCUCGUUGAGAUAAAAGAGGACAAAAAAGGAUGGUUAUCCAAGCGCACUCAUUUUACGCACCGGUGGAAACGCGCAUGGUUUCAGUUGAAAGAAACUCUACUGUUUUAUGGUGAAAAUGAAGAGAAGCUUCUGAAGCCCAUCAACCUGGUUGGGGCAGUGGUAGAGGUUGUUGAAGGAGGCGAUGGAUCAUUCGAAUGGACUAUUACUCCUAAGGACAGGAAGCGGACCUUCUUCCUAAAGGCUGGCACCAUAGCAGAACAGCAGGGAUGGAUGGAGGCUAUAUGUGAAGCACAGCUGAGCUCCAGGGACCAUGCUACUAAUGCAUGUGUGGUGCAAUAGAUGAUCACUUAUUGGAUUUUACAUACCCUGAACAAGAAUAUAAAAGCAACAUGUAAAGUGUUUCAUGAGCUGAAAUAAAAGAUCCCAGAAAUGUUC